CGUUUCUCGACGGCGUUCCGGCGGACUUCGGCGACGCCGAUGGCAUAAUGGGUCUAGGCUUCAACGCCGCCUCGAACAUCCAAGAGGCCCUAUCGCAGGCCCUGGGACAAGAGGCCGCCAUUGCGAUGGGCAACACCCCGAUGCCUGCGCUGUUCGCGCAAGAUGCGAAUAUCUCCCACUUCUUCGACGUGCAGCUCGGACGCAGCGCUCCGGGUGUGUUCAUCAUCGGUAGCCACACCACGAACUUCCAGAACGUGUCGAACGCCCCGCAGCUGCCGAGCGUGGCUCCAAAUCACUGGUCCCCGGUGUUGGAUGCGAUGAUUGUCAACGGGAAGGCGUUUGCGUUCAACGCGUCGCGGAUUGCCAACGUGCCUGCGGGGAAAGUGGUCGCUGCGCUUGACACGGGUACCUCCCUUCCGCCGCUGCCUGCCCUCGCUGUGGACGCCAUCUACUCCAGUAUUCCUGGCGCUGAGUUCGACGACGUCAGCUCGAACUGGUUUGUUCCGUGCAAUGGGAGCACUACGCUGUCGUUUGUAUUUGGGAACGAAGAGUUCUUUGUUCAUCCGCUCGACCUGACGUUUCCCAUGGUCACCGCCGUCGAUGGCACGAAUAGGACAGCUUGCGUUAACACGUAUCAAUACUCCACGAUUGAUUUCGGGGACAAUACCGGGUUCGACCUCAUCCUGGGCGAUGCAUUCCUGCGCAACGUCUACGUGUCCUUCAACUACGGUGAUGCUCAGAACAGCAGUGCGCAGCCGUUCGUACAGAUGGUCUCAACGACCACGGACAUGGCGGCGGCCCUGCAGGAGUUCCAGACUCAGCGUGCAGCGACGCUCGCCCAGCUUCCC